AGGCAAGCCCCACCCGCCCGCCCAACGGGACACCAGUAGCUAGCAGUAGGCUGUGGGAGCUUGCUUUUGAUUCCAGAGAGAAGAGAAGAGAAGAGAAGAGAAGAGAAUGGCGAGUCGCAGCGUGAUUCUUCCUCCUACUUCUACGAUAAUAUUCCGUUGUAAUAAUCAAUCUUCCUCAUCAUCGUCAUCAUUAUCCCAAUUUCUACGCUAUCGUCGCAGUACUACUCGUAACAGCUGCUUCUCUCUCAUCCGCCGGAGUUGUUUUUCUAUCUCAGCCACAGCGUCUUCGUCUUUACAAGAACAAGCUGCUCCUGCUCCUCCUAAUCAAGUCCGCGUUCGCUUUGCUCCGUCACCCACUGGUAAUCUCCACGUCGGAGGCGCCAGAACUGCCCUUUUCAAUUACCUCUUCGCUAGGUCUAACGGAGGGAAGUUUGUUCUUCGCAUUGAAGAUACUGACUUGGAGAGAUCUACCAGGGCAUCUGAGGAAGCUUUAUUACGUGAUCUCUCUUGGCUUGGUCUUCAUUGGGAUGAAGGUCCUGGUGUUGGUGGAGACUAUGGUCCAUAUCGGCAGUCUGAAAGAAAUGUCAUGUACAGACAAUAUGCUGAGAAGCUUUUGAAGUCUGGUCAUGUUUAUCGUUGCUUUUGUUCUAAUGAGGAACUAGAAGAAAUGAAGGAGAUUGCAAAGUUGAAAGAACUGCCUCCAGUAUACACGGGGAAGUGGUCCAAUGCCACUGAUGAGGAAGUAGAAGAAGAGCUGGAGAAGGGAACUCCUUAUACAUUUCGCUUUCGAGUGCCCAAGGAAGGAAGGUUGCAAAUUGAUGACCUUAUUCGAGGAGAGGUUAGUUGGAGCUUGGACACACUUGGGGAUUUUGUGAUUAUGAGAAGCAAUGGACAGCCCGUAUACAACUUUUGUGUAACUGUUGAUGAUGCUACCAUGGCUAUCUCGCAUGUUAUAAGAGCAGAGGAGCAUUUACCAAAUACUCUAAGGCAAGCGCUGAUUUAUAAGGCUCUUGGAUUCCAAAUGCCUUACUUUGCUCAUGUAUCUUUAAUUCUUGCACCUGAUCGUAGCAAACUUUCCAAGCGGCAUGGCGCAACUUCAGUGGGUCAGUACAGGGAGAUGGGUUAUCUGCCCCAGGCAAUGGUUAACUAUCUAGCACUGCUGGGUUGGGGUGAUGGUACUGAAAAUGAGUUCUUUUCCCUAGAGAAACUUGUUGAAAAGUUCUCAAUUGAACGUGUUAACAAGAGUGGAGCUGUCUUUGAUUCUACCAAAUUAAGGUGGAUGAAUGGCCAGCAUUUAAAAUCUUUCUCAUCGGAAGAGUUGACCAAGCUUAUUGGUCAGCACUGGAAGAGCACUGGCAUCCUCGCCGAAUCAGAGGGGAAGUUUGUAGAGGAGGCUGUUCAGCUGCUAAAGGAUGGGAUUGACUUGAUAACGGAUUCUGACAAAGCACUGUCAAACUUGCUGUCUUACCCUUUGUAUGCUACUUUAGCAAGUUUGUAUGAGUAUUGAGGAUGCAAGGGGUCUGCUUUGACAUCUCCUCAAUAUUGAUACUGCAAUUUGUGAUGUACUGGAUCCCAAUACUUGAGGAAUGUUAUGAAAUCACAUCUUUUGCAAUAUGGGGAAGUGGAAUUAUUGGCACUUGAAUCACUGGUGACCUAACAUAAGAACAAUAUGAGUACAACACAGAUUGCCGAUGGGCCGAAACAGGUCACAAUUGGGCCAAAUGCCGGAUAUGAGCGUGAAGGUCUGGAGGUUGCUAGCCCAACCAUGUGGAAUGGCGGGUGUAAGGCCUGGAGACCGGGCCGGGCUGGUAUUGGCAUGACCCGGUGGAUACCAGCCAACACAGCUCCACGUGGGUGCUGAGUGGCAUGGCAUCUGCGUAGCACAUGAUUACUUAGAGCCCAAGUACAGUCUCUCUAGAUAAGGUACGGAACAAACCCUAGAAAGUUACGCUGUGACUAUCUUGCUCAAGCUCUGUACUCUUCCUCCCUUGAGUUGGGACUAAUUUAAGCAUGGGAGUGCCUUCGGGCUGUGUACGGUUGGUUAGGCACUAAUUGGUGGUUCAUCUUGCAAGCUUAAGAAGGUCUCGAAGAGAGAGUUCAGAUUAAGAUCCGACCGGUACCAGAGAUCUAGGAGCAGAACCGGAUCACACCCCGACAAUGACCCUUUAAUCAUUAUGGUUUCUAUGAUCUGCAAGUUAUGUUUAUAUCCUCAAUGGUGGGAUCUUGUAUAAGACAUCAAGUCUUCAUUUGGAAUAACUUUUGUCUAUUUCCUUUUCCCCCAUAAUUUUACUUGUUUUCUUUAAUGCAAAAUGUCCAUAGUUGUCUAUCUGAAUGUACAGAUGAAGUAGAAGGAUAGUAUUGUACUUUUAUUUCAAAUCAAGGAGCCGGACAAUUUCAUA